AUGACCGCUGGAGACAGUACUCAUGAACGAUAUGGUACCGCAGAUGUGGCCGUGGAAGGAGCCACAGCUGCCAGCGCUGGCGUCGCCUUGGCCCCCGCAGUUGAACCCGAACUCGAUGACUUCGGUCUACCCAGAAAGCCGGUGAGACGAGCCCAUCCAGCGGAUUCGGACGACAGUGAGGACGAGGCCGAUACAUUCCACGACGCCGAAGGUGCUACAGAUGACUCUAACACAACUCCGAAUGCGAAGGGGCCCACUGGGAACAAGUCGAGCGAUGGUGCACAGGAAGCUGCUGAGCCGGUCGAGCUGGCUCAGGUAUCACGAUCGACUCUCGAAACCCCAGCAGACUCAAUAGGCUCGGCGAAAAGCGAGUCGGCGGAAGAGACGAAAGAAGAGCACAGUGUAAAGGGGGUCCCACAGGCCGAUACGGAGAGGCCAGAGAAUGUGCCACCUGUGACAGUCGCCUCGAAUUCCGACUCGAAGGGUGCAGUAGAACCAGCCACUACCACAUCUCCAAGAGCCUCUCAAAUACAAGCCACAGUCAUACCAAGGCGCGAUUCGAAGCCGAAGACCGGUGCAGCUUCCGAAUAUUCCCACCAAAGACAAAUCUCGGCGCCUACACAGUCAGACGAUGAAGACGAGGAGGUAGAGUGGCAGGCUAUGCCAGCCCUCGAUGAAUUUGACAUAUAUGACGACAAUGGACGUCUAGUAGCAAAGGGCCACAAGGAGAAUGAAGAAGAGUCAAAUCCAUAUUCGGGCAUGGGAGGCGCAGGGAAGGGGUAUACACGAGUUCAGCUGGAUGAGGAUGCCCAAUCUGCAACGAGUAUGGAUGAGGAGACGAACUAUCUAUUCAAGAACGGGCCGAAGCAGCAGGCGACAGCCGAUGAGGACAAUGACGAUGACGAACAGCGGGAUACUUUAAGCCAGCUGGAGGCCACCAAGGAUCUCUUGACCGAAGGACAACGGAUAGCUUACGUCGGAGUGGUGCGGCUCACCAUCCAUAAGAUGUUGGAGGCGCUCAGUGCGCUAGAGAAGACCAGGUCUGCACAGAAAGAGCUCGUCAAGUCUAUAGAAAGCAUGGAUAUGUGGGGUCAGAAGAUGAUGGUGCGCCUCUACUCCCAUAUGGACAUCAACCCUGCAGAGCAGAUCAUGAUCGAGCAGCUUGCCGAGCAUGGCGUGCAGCCCUCUGACCUGGUCGCUCCUCUCAUGCUUAACGCGAAGGUGAACAAUCCUAUGGCUGAUGAGGUUGCUGCGGAGUCAUCAAGAUCAGAUCCAUCUGGAGUUCGGGACGGGAUAGCAUCCUCUCCUGCUCUCAAAGGCCCGGAGACAUCAGUGAAGGAGGUCCAGGAUGGCGAGGAAGUCCCGGAAGUACAUGGUAUGGAGGAUAUGCCUCAUACAAAGGAAAUUGACCUCGACUUACGGUGGACUGUCUUGUGUGACUUGUUUCUGGUUCUCAUCUCGGAUGGUCAGUACGACGCCCGCUCAAGACGCUUGGUCGAACGGGUUGCUUCAACCAUGAGCAUCACCUGGAUGCAAAUUUGUCGCUUCGAGAAAAGGGUCAUUGAUGCACUGGAGAUGCAAGAAGCAGAGGCAAGAGAGAACUGGGAUGAGUCCGAAAACAUGGAGAAGCGACGAAAACGUGCCCUGAAGAAGAAAUACAUGUUCAUGGGUCUGGCAACUGUUGGUGGAGGCCUUGUCAUUGGGCUAUCCGCCGGUCUGCUUGCACCUCUUAUUGGAGCCGGACUUGCCGCUGGUUUCACAACGAUCGGUGUCACCGGUACCGCAGGGUUCCUUGGUGGCGUUGGUGGAGCUGCAUUGAUAACGUCCGCUGCUACAGCAGCUGGUGGUACCAUUGCAGUUCGAGCUGCAGAUCGGAGAACAGGCAGUGUAAAGACCUUCGAAUAUCGACCGUUGCACAACAACAAGCGACUGAACCUUAUUCUGACUAUAUCAGGUUGGAUGACUGGCAAAGUUGAUGAUGUCCGCCUGCCAUACAGCACGGUCGACCCCAUUAUGGGGGACAUAUAUUCCCUGCUAUGGGAACCGGAAAUGCUCCGAUCGAUGGGCGACACGAUUAACAUUCUGGCAACCGAAGCCUUGACGCAGACGGUCCAACAAAUCCUUGGAAGCACUAUACUGAUCACCCUGAUGGCUGCGCUCCAGUUGCCAGUGGUGCUGUCAAAGUUGGCGUACCUCAUCGACAACCCGUGGAGUGUCUCUCUUGACCGCGCCACUGCUGCCGGCCUCAUCUUGGCGGAUUCUCUGAUCGACCGACAUCUGGGGCAGAGACCCAUCACCCUGGUAGGCUUCUCGCUCGGGUCGCGGGUCAUCUUUUCAUGCUUGAAGGAGUUGUCUCAUCGUGGUGCGUACGGCUUGAUCCAGAACGUGUACAUGUUCGGCUCGCCUGUGGUGGCCAGUAAAGACGAGUAUCUGCGAGCCCGCUCAGUUGUCGCCGGCAGAUUUCUGAACGGCUAUUCUUCCGGUGAUUGGAUUCUGGGAUACCUGUUUCGCAUGACGGCUGGUGGCAUUAUGGCCGUAGCUGGGCUCGCCCCAGUGCAAGGAGUGCCCGGCGUGGAAAAUAUCGAUGUAAGCCCAUGGGUUAAGGGCCACAUGGCUUACCGCGCUGCCAUGCCUAGACUACUCCGCGAGGUCGGCUGGGAAGUUGAGAGCGACGAGUUCACCGAGAUCGAGGACCCCGAUCCUGAGAAUCAUGCUCAGAGGCAACGAGAGUUGAUCUCAGAGAUAGAGGAGGCGCGCAAGAGGGCUGAAGAGAAGCCAGAGAAGAAACGCUUCGGACUAUUCAAGCGAGGCAAGGCAGCAGAGAAAAAGGGGUGGGAGACAUACAAUGCGAACGACAUCAACCACAAGCGAAACGGCAGCACUGCUCCCGACGCAGGUGCGGACACCAACGGCAACGUCUUCUUCGAUAUCGAAGCGAUUCGAAGAGAGUUGGCUGGGGAGAUGAUCGACGUGCGCGAGCUGGACAGCACCUUGCCUCCGAUGCAGAUCACAUCUAUCAGUAAGGAUGGCGAGAAGCACGUGGAGUACUUGCGGCUGCCCUCCGGGAUGAGGGCGGAGGAACUUGCCCGGCUGAACCUCCCGCCGCGACCAGAUGAGGUUGACGUUUCGUUCGAGCCUGUCAAACAACUUGCUCCUAUCCGGCCUGCGAGAACUUCAUCCUUAAGGCCAGCUUCGAUAGCGAGUCCCCAGCGAUCUCCUCGCGUCACCCCACAGCGAUCGCCUCAAGGUUCCCCAGAUCCGAACGGACGCUCAUCGUACGCUUUCGCAGAGCCCAGGGAGCUAGCCAGCACGUUGCCGCCGCUUAGCCUGACACCGUCGGCAUCACCCAGGCCUGAAAGCGCCAGGGUCCCUAGUCUUGCCCGGCCUGAGCUGAAGGCUCAUGUCACUGAGCCGUCAGUGCCGAGCUGGGGUCGACCUCCGUCACGCAAUUACAAUCCAGGCGGACCUUCGACGUCGGCAUCCGAGGUGAACCUCGAGCGCAACGCCUGGGCAGAUGAUGACGACGGGUCUCGUAAGGGCCGCGAUGAGAUCAGCAUGACUUUUGAGUGA